GAAAUGUUGGACCGGAUUUAAAUUUUACCGUCUUUUUAAAUAAUGUAUAAUAUUGUAAAGCCAUAUUCAUGUGAAUAAUAACGGAAUAGAACUAAAUUUCGAUUUUGUUCACGCCCCUGUCAGUACGUAAACAAAAAUUUGCCGCCAUUUUUUUCUGAAGUUGGACCUUACCAGUUUUGCUCUUUUACGUUCAACAGUUCAUGCUACUGCUACUGCUUGAUAACUUAACACCUUUAACACAGUUGUUGAAAUGAGUACUAAAAAGAAACGCUCUGCUCACACUAACAGCGACAGCUGGGUUGUCAUUGCGCCAGAUUCAAUGCUGCACACAGGCAGUUCUGAAGACAGUGAUCCAGCCUUCACUAAACUAAAAAAUCCGGCUACAGAAGGUUCAUCUCUGUACCUGUUUGGUCGUGUUGAUGACAGUGUUUAUGAAGUUAAGGCAUUUACGGAGGAGUUUCGGUCUUGGUUUAUUGGACAGACUGUGCAAAGGGAUGGUAAACUGCUUAUUGUGACUCCCAUUGAUCCUUUAUUUCUGCUGUUGCCAUACAUUAAGAGCGCUGCCACCGAGGGAAAGUUCCAGCCAGUGAAGCAGAUGGUGAUGGAUGAAGAUUACCCUGGAUGUACACAGCUUCUGCAAUGCGAACAGGGAUUGGACUCCAUUCAUCAUGUGGCAGACGAGAAAGAGGUUGGCAGUCUGAAGUUUCACAGUUAUAACCAGGAGAAGACCAUGGCUUGGCUUAAGAAAAAGGUUCAGAGGACAGUAACCACACUCAAAAAGAGCAAUAUAUCUGUAGGUGGAGGAGUGAAGUCCAGCACAUUUGUGAGAGUUAAACAGGAAGCAGAUGCUAGAGAAGAAGACUAUUUGCGUUACGCACAUGGUCUCAUAUCAGAGUACAUCAGUGAAGACCUGAGCAAAGAUCUCCUUAAGCAUCUACAGUUGCCAGAGAUAUCCAGCCCCAAAGAAACAGAGCCUCCCUCUAAGAAACGAAAAUUGUCAGAUAAACCAGUAGAGGCUGGAGAAGACUACACCAAGUUCAACAGUUCGGACUUUGCACGAAAACCUCCAAAGAAGAUGACUGCAGCUCAGAAGACUCUAGCCAAAGUAGACAAAACUGGCAUGAAGAGCAUGGCAUCGUUCUUCAAAGUCAAGCAAGAGAAGAAUUGAAUGAGUGCAUGUGCUUGUUUUUGCUAAUAAAGUUAUUAAAAAAGA